ACCCGGAAGUCCUGGAAAGGCGGGGGAUGUUCACGGCCGCCGCGGAGAAUCUGCUCCACCAGGCCAGGGAAAUCCAGGAUGAGGAGCUGGGUAGAUUCUGCGCCGGAGUCAGUAAGCUGCUGCAGGAGGCCCCUGGGCCUGCCACUGUGGAUGCCUUGCAGAGGCUUUUCCUCAUUGUCUCUGCCACCAAGUACCCCCGAAGGUUAGAGAAGUCAUGCGUGGACUUGCUGCAGACCACUCUCUGCCAGCCCUCCUGCCCCGAGCAGCUCCAGGUCCUCUGUGCCGCCAUCCUGAGGGAGAUGUCCCCCUCGGACAGCCUGACCCUUUCCUGUGAGCAUGCCCAGAAAACCCAGCAGUUGAGCCUCGUGGCCUCUGUGCUUCUGGCCCAGGGUGACAGGAGACAGGAGGUCAGAAGUGUGGGGCAGCGCAUCUGCACUGUCCUCGAAAGCCGGCAGCUGGAUGGAUCCAGCCUCAGACCUCUCCUCCCCAUCGUGUCCAAGGUUGUGGGCCUUGCCCCAGACACCCUCCAGAGUGACCACACUGACCUGCUCAGCAAGAGGCUGGUGGACUGGCUCCGCUACGCCAGUGUCCAGCAGGGGCCUCCACACUCGGGGGGCUUCUUCUCCACACCCCGGGCCCGGCAGCCAGGCCCCAUCACUGAGGUGGACGGGGCAGUGGCCUCAGACUUCUUCACAGUGCUGUCCACGGGCCAACACUUCACGGAGGACCAGUGGCUCAACGUGCAGGCCUUCUCCCUGCUGCGGGCCUGGCUGCUGCACAGCGGGCCUGUGGACCCGGGGAGCCCUGACACAGAUGACAAAUCGGAGCUGGAGGGCUCCACCCUGUCGGUGCUGUCCGCGGCCUCAACAGCCAGCCGUCUGCUGCCCCCGAGGGAGCGGCUGCGGGAGGUGGCCUUCGAGUACUGCCAGCGCCUCCUCGAGCAGAGCAAUCGGCGAGCACUGAGGAAGGGGGACUCUGACCUGCAGAAAGCUUGUGUGGUGGAGGCCGUGCUGGUUGUGGACGUGCUGUGCCGGCAGGAGCCGUCCUUCCUCUACCGCGCCCUGUCCUGCCUAAAGGCCCUACACACACAGCUGGGCACAGACGAAGGCAGUGAGCGGGCCCUGCUAGCACUCGCCCAGUUCUUCCUGAACCACGGGGAGGCGGCUGUCGUGGGCGCAGACGCGGUAUACCAGCGCCUCUUCACCCGGCUGCCCGCGGAGCACUUCCACAGCCCCGUGCUGGCCUUCGAGGUGGUCCGGUUCUGUGUGGACAACCUGGGCCUGUUCCCCUCCCCCCUCCUCGGCCUUCUCAAGUCCAGCUUCCCUAAUCUCUUCAAGCUCCUGGCGUGGCACAGUGCACCCCUCACAUCGGAGUUCGUGGCGCUGCUCCCGGGCCUGGUGGACGCCAGCCUGGCUGUGGAGAUGCUGCACGCCCUGUUGGACCUGCCCUGCCUUACCGCCGCGCUGGACCUGCAGCUCAGGAACUCAGCCACCCCAUCGGACAGGCCGCUGUGGGACACCUCCCUCAGGAACCCCAGCUGCCUAGAAGCUUUCAGGAGCCCCCAGUUCCAAGGACUCUUUCAGCACCUGCUACGCACCAAGGCCAGCGGCUCUGUGGAGAGGCUGACACCACUCCACCAGCUGCUGCAGCCCAUGGCCAGCUGUGCCCGCGUGGUCCAGUGCGCCCAGGCGGUGCCCACCCUGCUCCACGCGCUCUUCGCCGCCGUGACCCAGUUCGCCGAUGGUGCCCUGACCAACCAGCUAGCGCUGCUGAUCCUGGAAAGAAGCGACUCGCUCUAUCAGGUGGCGGGGUUCGAGGCCCGCGUGCACAGGGUGCUGAGCAGCCAGCUCCUGGCACUGUGCCAGCAGAAGCCGGCGCUGGUGGUGGAGCUGGCCAGGGAGCUGCUGGGUGUCGGGGGAAGCGUGAGCAGCAUCCGCAGCCAUGGGAGCGUGCUCACCUGCGUGGUGUGGGCCGUGGGCGAGUACCUGUCAGUGGCCUGCGACCGGCGGUGCACAGUGGAGCAGAUCAACAAGUUCUUUGAAGCCCUGGAGGCCCUGCUGUUCGAGGUCACCCAGUCCCGCCCCUCAGCUGACCUGCCCAGGUGUCCCCCGCAGGUCAUCACUGGGCUCAUGACCACACUGACCAAGCUGGCUUCCCGGAGCCAAGACCUGAUCCCCAGGGUGUCUUUGUUCUUGUCCAAGAUGAGGACGCUGACCCAGAACCCAGUCCCCGGCUUUGCGCACCAGGAGGAGGGCACAGAGGCCAUCCGCACACGGGCCACCGAGCUCCUGACCCUGCUGAAGAUGCCCAGUGUGGCCCAGUUUGUGUUCACGCCAAGUGCAGACGUGUGCCACCCCCGCUACCACCGUGACACCAACACGGCCCUGCCCCUGGCCCUAUGUACUGUCAGCCGGCUGGUGGAGAAGGAGGCCGGCCAGCCUGGGUGAAGGCACGGUGCCAGGGAUACAGGCUGCUGAUUCAGAGCCUGGUCUCCAACCAGGUCUUAGGGCCAAAUCUGGGCCGAAGUGGUCAGUUAUGUGAGGGGAGCAGAGGCUGCUGGGAGAGGCAGGAAGCCUCCAGAGCCUUUUCUCCACUCCUGCCUGCAUGGCUGGGCUGAGCUGGGCCUUGGAGUGGCUUGGCCACCUUUGGGUUUUCUUUGGGCUGGACUCAAGCUGUGUGACCCGUUUCCUCUUCCUUGUCUCUUGUUUUAGACACAUACUAAAAUAAACCUUUAAAAUCCAA